GCAAAGACGCGUUGCCGGCCGGCGACACAGCUCCCGCGCUCUCUCUCUAGCUCUCUGCGCUGAAGGGAAGCCAAGCCAGGAAGCCCCAGCAGCCUGCCCAUCAAGAUGAAGAAGCUCCAGGGAGCUAAACUCCGAAAGCCCGUCACCCCAGACCUGCUGAUGACCCCCAGUGACCAGGGGGAUGUAGACCUGGAUGUGGACUUUGCUGCGGACAGGGGGAACUGGACAGGCAAGCUGGACUUCCUGCUGUCCUGCAUCGGCUACUGUGUGGGCCUGGGGAACGUCUGGCGCUUCCCCUACCGAGCCUACACCAACGGAGGAGGUGCCUUCCUUGUGCCCUACUUCCUCAUGCUGGCCAUUUGCGGCAUCCCCCUCUUCUUUCUCGAGCUCUCUCUGGGCCAGUUCUCCAGCCUGGGGCCCCUGGCUGUCUGGAAAAUCAGCCCCCUCUUCAAAGGUGCCGGCGCAGCCAUGCUGCUCAUCGUGGGCCUGGUGGCCAUCUACUACAACAUGAUCAUCGCCUACGUCCUCUUCUACCUCUUCGCCUCCCUCACCAGUGACCUGCCCUGGCAGCACUGUGGCAACUGGUGGAACACGGCCCUCUGCCUGGAGCACAGAGGCUCCAAGGAUGGCAACGGGGUCCUGCCCCUCAACCUCACCGGCACCGUCAGCCCCAGCGAGGAGUACUGGAGCCGAUAUGUCCUCCACAUCCAAGGCAGCCGGGGCAUCGGCAGCCCCGGGGAGAUCCGCUGGAACCUCUGCCUCUGCCUGCUGCUCGCCUGGGUCAUCGUGUUCCUCUGUAUCCUCAAGGGCGUGAAGUCCUCAGGCAAGGUGGUAUAUUUCACGGCCACGUUCCCCUACCUCAUCCUGGUCAUGCUGCUCGUCCGCGGGGUGACCCUCCCAGGGGCCUGGAAGGGCAUCCAGUUCUAUCUCACGCCCCAGUUCCACCACCUGUUGUCUUCCAAGGUGUGGAUCGAAGCUGCCCUUCAGAUCUUCUACUCCCUGGGUGUGGGCUUUGGGGGUCUCCUCACCUUUGCCUCCUACAACACGUUCCACCAGAACAUCUAUCGAGACACCUUCAUCGUCACCCUGGGCAACGCCAUCACCAGCAUCCUGGCCGGCUUCGCCAUCUUCUCCGUGCUGGGCUACAUGUCUCAGGAGCUGGGUGUGCCCGUGGACCAAGUUGCCAAAGCAGGCCCUGGCCUGGCCUUUGUCGUCUACCCGCAGGCUAUGACCAUGCUGCCUCUGUCCCCCUUCUGGUCCUUCCUCUUCUUCUUCAUGCUGCUGACUCUCGGUCUGGACAGUCAGUUUGCCUUUCUGGAGACCAUUGUGACAGCGGUGACAGAUGAGUUCCCGUACUACCUGCGACCCAAGAAGGCCGUGUUCUCAGGGCUCAUCUGUGUGGCCAUGUACCUGAUGGGGCUGGUCCUCACCACAGACGGGGGCAUGUACUGGCUGGUCCUUCUAGACGAUUACAGCGCCAGCUUCGGGCUAAUGGUGGUGGUGAUCACCACGUGCCUCGCUGUCACCCGGGUAUAUGGCAUCCAGAGGUUCUGCCGGGACAUCCACAUGAUGCUGGGCUUCAAGCCGGGCCUCUACUUCAGGGCCUGCUGGCUGUUCCUGUCUCCAGCCACGCUCCUGGCCCUGCUGGUGUAUAGCAUCAUCAAGUACCAGCCCUCAGAGUACGGCAGCUACCGCUUCCCAGCCUGGGCAGAGCUGCUGGGCAUCCUGAUGGGCCUGCUGUCCUGCCUCCUGAUCCCAGCCGGCAUGCUGGUGGCUGUGCUUCGAGAGGAGGGCUCGCUCUGGGAGAGGCUCCAGCAGGCCAGCCGGCCGACCAUGGACUGGGGCCCAUCGCUGGAGGAAAACCGGACAGGCAUGUACGUGGCCACACUGGCCGGGAGCCAGUCACCCAAGCCGCUGAUGGUGCACAUGCGCAAGUACGGGGGCAUCACCAGCUUCGAGAAUACCGCCAUUGAGGUGGACCGAGAGAUUGCCGAGGAGGAGGAGUCUAUGAUGUGAGGAAGGAAGCAGGUGGACCGAAGGUCCUGCCCCCGUGCAAAGGCAGCCAUGCCUUCUGGGGUUCUGUGAGGCCUGAGGCUUCGGGAGGUUGCCAUGGUGAUGCAGUCCCCAAUGCAAGUCCUUCUUUGUGGCCUCUGCCUUUCCUGAAAUCUGCCCCCAACAUAUGCACGCAAGUGCACACACACACACACACACGCACACACACUAGAAAGCUGAGAAUGACCCAGGUCAGCCCUCGCUUCACAGGUGGAGAAGCUGAGGCCAGGGGGAAGGACUUGCUUGAGGUCUCCUGGCAGGGGAGACCGAAGCCCGGGCCUCCCCACCAGCCAGGCCCCUUUCUCACGGGGCAGCUGUCACCACCCUCCCAUCUGUGUGCAGGGCCCAGACCCCAUCCUUUUCUCAGGGAGCCUGUCCCCCACCCUUCGUCACAGCCAGAAUCUUGAGCUAGUCAGGGACACUCAGGGCAUCUUGAGCCCCAUCAGGCCCCAGGCAUCGAGGAUUAGCAAGUCAGGGUGGGGAACAACCCCUGUGGGUUCAGGUGCUCGGCCAGGUUUCCUGAAGGAGGUGGGAUCUGAGGGCUCUGGAGGAUGGGCAAGUUUGGAAAGGGAGGAAGAGGA